AUGAAUACCAAAUAUUCCACACCAACUUUAUUUUGUAUUGUUUAGUAGACAAAAAUGUUUUAAUAAACCCUUAAGAUCAAAGAUUUAAAUAAUGGGUAUCAUGCAUAAUUUUAUUUGUAAUAAUAACCAAGUUUGAAUUAUUAAAUUCGAUUUAUGUUUUGGAAGUCUUCUAAAGAUUAAAAUACAAAAGAAGAGAAAAAUAGUUUAUUUAAAUAUUUUUCAAAUUAAAAAGAGCAAAAAGAAUAACCAUCUGAAAAUAAAGUUUCUAAAAUAUAAUUCUUUAAUUUUUUUUAGAAAAGUCAAAAAAAAAUUGUCACAUAAUAUGAAAAUUUGGAAAAGAAAAGUUAUUUUGAGCUAUCAUAAUUAAAAUACUUACUUCAAGAUUAAAUUUCUAAAUUGGGUUAUAUUGGAAAAGCAUCUUACAAAUAUUUUUUAAUUGGAGUAUUUGUUCUUGGAUUUGCUUAUUCAAUCCCAAAAUCCAUUUCAACAUUUUUUGCUACUAAAAUGGCCAUUUCAGCUCAAUUAUCAAUUGAUAACUUAAAAAAGGAAAACGAUAUUUUGAAAAGCAAAUUAGAAUUUGUGCAAAAUUAGUUAAAUUCAGAGAAAGCAAAAUAAAAUGAAUUAAAACAAAAUAAUUAUUAAUAUUGAAUUUUAG